AUGUGGUACUUGGCGUAUUUCAUGCACCGUCACCUCGACUUCCGUCUCGACGAGCUGCAGUCGCUCGCCAUCCUCGCUGGCGUGCAGCCGCCAGCUCAGCCCGCCGCGCCACGUCACGAUGACGUGGAAUUACCGCCGCCCGCCAGCUCUGAUUCACUGGAGGGAGAGCGGUGCGGAGAGGAGGGAAACGAAGGGGAGCGGGUGGUUGAUGAAGUGAGGGGAAUCGAAGGCAGCGAGGAGACGAGGAGGGGAGAAGGGGGUAGUGAGAUGGAAGGAGAAGAGGAGGAUGAGAUAUCAGGGGGAGGGGGGAGCGAGUGGGAGCCUGUAAGGUGGAGGAAGCCACGUGGCGAUCACAUGGACUCGCCGUUCUUCUACGUGGAUCUGCCGUCUGAUGAGGUGGCGAGGCAAAUGGCCGCUAGAAGCCUGCUUAUAAAGGGGAUAUUCGACAUAUGGGCGGAGGCGCCCACCUACGAGGCAUUAGAGCCGCAGGUGCAGGCCAACCUGACAGCCAAGGUGGUGCCAUUCGUGGGCCCGGGUUCCACGUUCAAAAUGGUGGUGGACGGUUUUGGCAAGAUCUUCUCCAUGGACGAGCAGAGGGAGCGCAUGGAGCGAUUCGCUUACAUCCCCUUCCAGGUGAGUGGGGUGGGUGGGUGUGGUGGUGGGUGUAGGCUGAUACUCUCCCCCUUCCCCCCUCCCCUCUCUCUCAUGGUGGUGGACGGUUUUGGCAAGAUCUUCUCCAUGGACGAGCAGCGGGAGAGCAUGUAA